ACUAGAAUAUUUAUGACUAGAUCAAGACUAGAGAUGUAUUAUAAAUUAUAGACUAUUAGAUCUAUAACAAGAAUGUUUAUCGAGAUCGCUAGAUCUAGUUUCUAGACUAGAUCUAGUUAAAUUAGUUAAAUCUAGAAUAAUCUAGAUCUAUUAUGUGCUAUUAUUUUAAAUUUUGACAUAAGUUGAUAUAUUAAUAAUGAGUUCUGGACACUCAAGUAGAACUUUAUUGAAAUCAAAAGUAUCAAAUGAAGAAAAAAAUAAAAAAUCUAAGAAACAAACUAAAAAACUAGCCUCACCUGAAGAGGGUCCUUGGAAGAGAACUAUUAAAGCCACAGUAGCAGACAUAAGAAAGGAAAAAGACUUUUAUACAUUAUAUUUGGAAGAUGAAGACAUUGGACUGGGUGACUUUGAGGAGGAGACUAUGUUGUUAGAUGGAUUACACAAAUGGCUGUAUGUCACUUUUAAGGAUGAAAAAACUGCGAUAAAAGCCAUUGACAUGAAGCAUGAUCCUGAUGAUAGUAAUAUUACAAACGUGGAGUUGGCAACAUCCAGAGAUUUUGAUACAUACCCUAAUUUACUUUUUCUGUAUGGGUAUGAAAUACACACAAACGAUGAUAUUCAUGGCUUAAAAGACUUGAUCUCAGAUGAGACUGGAUUAGGAAUAGAAGACAUUGAUGUCCAUGAUGAGCCAAAGGCUGUAGUUAUUACAUUCGGAGACUGUUUAGAUAUAACACAGCUAACUUGGGAAUUAAAAAAAUUGAAUGGUACUGAGAUGAUUACUGCUCCUGUUUAUAAAGAAAACAGUAUUCUUAUCUCUGGCUUAAAUAAUUCCGUACCAGAAGCACAUCUGCUGCGUUACAUGAAAAACAAAAAACGAAGUGGAGGAGGAGAAAUCCAGAGCUUAACUUAUCUCAGUGAAGAAGAAGCUGUUCUGACAUUUGUAAAGGAAACAGAUCUACUUGAUGUUUUGAAACUAAAAGGGCAACAUGCAAUAGGAGGGACCAAAUUAGAAGUAUCAAACAUUUAUCCUUGCUUGACUAAAAAUUAUCUCACAAAAUUCAUAUCAGAUGUAAGCCCCAAGCAUUUGAAACAUUCAAUUUCCAGUGCUGCUAACACACUUGCUCAAAAAAACUUAAGUCAAUCACAAUCUGAAAAGGUUGGGAUUGAAACAUCUUUUGAUAUAACUGAAAAUUUGGAGUUAAAAGUUGAAGAACUGCAUUUGUUAGAAAAAAGUAACUUUUUAUCUGACUUGAGAGAAAGUAAUAAAUCUGUCAAAGUAAUAUUUGAUCAUGACAAUGCACAUGUUAUUAUUAAAGGAAAUGAUAAAAGUGAAAUAUUUGAUGCACAGAUAAAAAUACUAAACAUUUGUCGAAAUGAUAUAGCAGAAAUUUCAGUCAAUCAUUUGGCUCCUGAGCAGCAACAGUUCCUAAGAAAUAAAGAAGUUCUUCUCAAAGUAAAUUCAAUGUUAACAAAUGCUUACCUAAUGUGCUCUGGGCCUGGAUUUAAAAUAAUGUACAUAAAAUCAUCAGAAGAUUCCAAAAAGUUAUUAGGUUUAGUGGAUUCACAAAUAUUUAUGCACCGAAAAUCUCUUACUUCUGAUAUGGUCAGUAUUCUACAAAGUGGAAAAGGACAAACAUUUUUGUCUGAGUUAGGUGUUGGCUCCAAUGAUGGCGAUGGCAGCCCCAAGAUUGAAUUAGAUACUGGAAAUAAAAGCCUUUUGAUAAUAGGCCCUAACGAAAGAGUGGUCAUCCUCCAAAAAGAUAUAGAGAUAUUUUUGGAGUUGAAUCAAGUUUUUAUUAAAGAAAUACCCUUUUCUCAAGGAAAGCUUCAGUUCAUGAAGCAGUAUAUGCAGCAGGAGUUUGAUUCCAUCCAGUUAAAAAGUGGAUCUGAUGUUGACGUUCAGCAUGUCUCCAAUAAAUUUAUCAUCAAAGGUUUAAAAGAUCCAGUAGAAGAAUGUUUUAGAAGUUUGACUCACUUGAGCAGUACAAUCCUAAAUGAUGAAUUAAAACUGGAAUAUUUUGGAAUUCAAGAGUUUCUUCAAGAUGAAGAGGGCAGCAAGAUGCUUGAGGAAGUUCAAGAAAAAAAUAACUGUCUUAUUAUUGCUGGAUCUGAAGAUUCCUCUGACUUAAAUCUUCCACAGUCUGUCAUUUCAGGAUCUUCUAACCUCAUAGCUAAAGCAAAAAUUGAUGGAGCUGUAACUUUAAGUUUUAUACAAGGAAGUCUACUUGAUGUAAAAGUGGAUGUAAUUGUCAAUCCACUAGAAUCAAGUCUUAAGCUGACCAGCUCUCUGAGCAAAGCUAUUAUUAAACAAGGUGGUUCAACUAUAUCUGCAGAUUUAAAUUUUUCCAAGUCUUACAAUAAUUUAAUCUUUAAAACCACUAGUGGUAAUCUAUCUGAUGUAAAAUCUAUUCUACAUGUGAAAUGUCCUGUCUACAAUGAAUCUGAUACUGCAAAGUUUAGAGAAUUGAGAGAAUCUGUCAGAUCUUGUCUAGAGUUUGCUGACAAUAAUGGCUGUAAUUCUAUUGGAUUCCCUGCUGUUGGCUGUGACAAGACAUUGAAAUUUCCACCACUAGCAGCUUGUAAUUAUCUCAUGAGAGCUAUAGUUGACUUUGCGGAAUCUAAGAGGACAAGCCUAAGACACAUUUAUCUAUGCGAUAACAAAGAAGAGGUUGUGAAUGAAUUAAUUGAUAGAUUUGAAGCUGUCAGUACAAAUCAUAAAAUAGAAACAUUUACAGUAAAAAAUAAAAAAGAAGUGUCUCAUUUUGGAGCAUCCAAUCAAACUUCUAAGACACAAACUGACAGCAUAAAGCAUUUUCAAGACAUCAGUGUGAAUGUAAUGCAGGGAGAAAUAAAUAAACAAAGAACUGAUGUGAUAGUGAUAACUGUGGAUAAAUCCUUAGAUCUUACUAAAGGUAAAAUAUCUCAUACUAUCCUCAAAGAAGCUGGUGAUGAAAUACAAGAUGAAUUGAAGCAAAACUACAAUGAUGGGCUUAAAGCGAAUCAGUUUGCUAAGACUUCAGGCGGUAACUUGCCUUGUCAGCACAUUUUUUUUGCUUGUUUGUCACGGUACAGACAGGAUAGUGAAUCUUAUUUGGAAAAGUUGGUUGGAAAGAUGCUACAAGAGGCUGACAAUUUAAAAGCAAAGUCUAUUUCUAUACCAGCUUUGGGAACUGGUAAACUAGGAUAUCCUGCAGAUGUGGUAGCCAAUGUUAUGAAAGAAGCUAUUAGCAAAUUUUCCAAAAGAAAGACAUCAGUACAGUCCAUUAAGUUUGUUGUUUAUCCAGCUGACAGAGAUGUUUUCCAGAGUUUUAGCAGUGUUUUACCUUCAGUUGAUAAGAGUUCAAGACAUGAUGAUAGCAAUGAUAGAAAAUAUGACAGAAAAGAAAAAAGGACUACAGGUGAAGUAAAAUUUGGAAACAUCACUCUUAAAAUUAAACGUGGGGAUAUCACAAUGGAGCGUCAUUGUGAUGCAAUUGUUAAUGGCAUUAAAGAUAAUAUGGACCUUUCAAAAUCUGGUCAGGUUUGUAAAGCCUUGUUAGAUGUAUGUGGAAAAGAACUACAGGAUGAGUGUAACAAUAAUAAAGAUAAAAUGGCAAAAGAUGGCAUUGCAGUAACCACAGCACCAAACAUGUCGUGUAAGAAUAUAAUACAUGUCAGUCAAGAUCAAUUUUCAAGAAAGUGGGAUGUGGGGAUCACCAAAGUUUUGAAUGAAGCUGAUGACAUUGGAGCCACAUCACUAGCUUUACCAGCUCUAGGGACAGGAUCUCGGCAUGCUGAUGUUCAACAGAUUAAAAAACUCAUAUUUGAAGCCAUUAAACGGUUUUCCAAAAGAAGGAAUCUUACUGUUAAAUUAAUCAAAUUGGUAAUAUUUGACCAGAAAACAUUUGAUGUAUUCACUGAGGAAGAGUCUAGUGGCUGUGGUGCCUCAUCAUCAGAUCAGCAAGAAAAAUAUGCAGAAAAAGACAUCUCAGAGGAACAUAUUCUUACAAUUUAUUCUAAGAAUUCAAGAGACAUCAAAGUUGCUAUUGAAAACAUUGAGAAAUUUUGUAAAAAAUGUUACAAAGAGUCUAUUGAAAAGGAUGACCAUUUUGCUAAAAAACUAAGCAUUGAUCAUAUAAAAGAGCUAAAGCAAUUCGGGCUCCAAAAAAGAAUCAAGGUCACACACCAAGCAGAUACAGGCUUUUUUAAAAUGGAGGGCUUCAGUGGUGAUGACAUUUUCCAGGUUGAAAAGAAAAUGCAAAGAUUAAUUUUGGAAAUAAUUGAUAAACAUAAUAAUGCACUUCAUAAAUCUGUUCAGUCAGCUAUAAUUUGGCAGUAUAAGAAAGGGGAGAAAUGGUAUAAAUUUGAACCAAUUAUAAAUAGUGAGCUGGAACACAAAUACCAACAAGAGGAAAAUGAUUAUGAAUUUACAGAUGAAAAUGGGGACAAAAUGGAAAUAGACUUUAGGAAAUUGAAAGCCUAUCUUAUAGAUGAAAAUGACCAAGAGGCUGACCAGUAUGAUAUAAAGAGGCAGGAUCUAACUAAAGAGGGUGAACCAUUGCCAAAAGAAUGGAGUCCUAUGAAAGAUGAUGAGAACGUAAAGAUAGUUGAACUUAAAGCUUCAGCUGCUCAAUAUAAAACUGUGGAGCAACAUGUAAAAAAUACACAAGGCAAUGUACAAAUUAAAAAGAUCCUACGCAUACAGAAUAAAACACUCUAUCAACAAUAUGCUGUCAAAAAGAGAGAUCUAGAACAUCACAACCCAAAAGGACAUACAAAUGAACUACAAUUGUUUCAUGGAACUGGUGCAGUUGCAGUUCCUCAAAUAAAUGAAAAUGGAUUUAACCGCAGCUAUUGUGGAGUAAAUGGAACCAUGUGGGGCAAAGGAGUUUAUUUUCACAAGAUGGCUUCAUAUUCUGUUGGUUAUGCAAAGCCACCAGAUGGUAACAACAACCAUCAUCUUUACUUGGCCAGAGUACUAGUUGGAGAGUCAACUCCUGCCAAUUCUUCUAUGGCCGUUCUUCCCAUCAAGUCAGGCUCAAGACCAUUUGAUUCAGCUGUACAUGGAGACAUUUAUGUUAUUUUUCAUGACACUCAGGCGUAUCCUGAAUAUUUGAUAAUUUUCUAAUCACUUAAUUCAUUUAUGUACUAAAUUGAAUUAAAGUUGCACGGUACAGCUAGUGUUAUUAGUCUGUAAUGAGAGAUUCUUACAUUUCAAUUUCUUUUUAUUUCACAUCUCAUCAACUCAAAAGUUCACUUUAUUACUUUUCAAACAACUUUGAUACCACCAAUAAAUUGUGAAAAUUCUCCUUUUUUUUUUUUCAUGUGGUCAAUGUUACAAGUUCAAGUCUAACAACUAACUUAACUUUUUUCUAUAAAGAAAAUUUUUUAAAUAAUAACUAUUUGCAAAUUACGUUCUUACUGCCAAACUUGAUCAGAAUGUUUCAUUAAAUCAAACUUGAUAUCCAUUUCAUUUUAUUUUACUCCUAUGUUAACUCUAGAUACAAAUUUACACUUUGAUCAUUUUGUUUUCCUUUAAAAAUUAUUGAAUUAUAAUAGCAGGAUUGUUCCUUGGUAAUGUAUUAUUUGAUUAGGGCUGUCAUCAUUAUGUUUGUUUGUUUGUUGUAAAAUGUUUUACAUGUUUUGGAUGUUCCUUCAGAGUUGAAGAUAGUUUACUUCCUAGUCCAAACCUCCCACAGGACGACGGGGGAUGGGAGCGGGCAGGGUUUGAACCCGAGACCAUCGAUAAAUCUGAACGAUAGUCCAGGGCGCAAACCCAGGACCAGGCAGCCUAUUAUACCUGCCUCCAUUGCAUGCCAUAAGCCUGAAGGAGGAAAGGACUGAAGGAAUGUCCCAAAUUUAUUAAGUAAUGAAAAUUAUAUAUAUAUAUUAACAGUUCUUUUCAUUUAUUUUUAAACUAUACCUCAAAAAUUGUUUAUUUUAAUCAAUUUUGAAAUGCAUUUUUAAAAAAGUGCUUUGCUAAUAUGUAGUCAUAAUGAAAGUGUUCUUAAGGUUAAAUUUGGCUAGAUCAGUAUUUGAUUUAUACUACAUUUCAAAUGUUUUGUUAUUACUUUUUUUUUAAUCCUUUCAGUUUUAUUAAUUUUAAUGUGAUAAAUAUAUGCAUUCAAAUUAUACUAUUUUAGUCAUAAAUAAAUAUAAUAUUUUCAUUUACCAAAAAUGCCAGAAAGAUUUAUAUAUGUAUAUUUCUUGAGCAGAAGUAUAUAGAGGGAGUGGCAACAAUACUUAUUUUGGGUCCAAUUAAGGGAUUUUUUUUUUUCAUGAAUAAUCUGGUUUUUCUAAAAAAAAAUUUUUGCUGUCAUUUUUUGUAUAUGAGAUGUAUUAAAUAUUACCUGUGAUUAAUUAAUGUAA